AUGCUUUGUAAUUUCAAGGAUGCUUCUAUGAUUCACGGAGCCGCUUCUUCAACCCUUAACAAGGCCGCUUGGUUUACUCGAAUUCGAACCAUGAAUCGCAAAAUUCACUCUACUGUAUCUCCUUCCAAACCUGUCUCUUUAAAAUUCCAACAUCCUCGCUCGGAUCCAAACCCAGAACCAGCCGGCAUUACAGCUUCUGGGUCAGAGACUCGAGUAUACGUCCGGAAGAAAAGGCUAAAACAUGAAGCUGUGGAGAAAGAUUCCCAACUAUGUAGAUUACCAGAUAUAGAAGACUUUGCUUUCAAAAAGAUUACUGCAUCUCCUUCUUCAUCCAGGAGGUCAACGGAAACUAGCAUCAAUGUGACUUCAGUCAAAACAGCAGCAGGAAAUUCGCCUGAAAACUGGGUAAAAGUGCUCGAGGGCAUUCGUCAAAUGAGAUCAUCUGGAGAUGCACCAGUUGAUUCUAUGGGAUGUGAUAAAGCUGGAAGCUUUUUACCUCCUUCGGAAAGAAGAUUUGCUGUCUUGCUAGGAGCACUUCUUUCAAGUCAGACAAAAGAUCAAGUUAAUAACGCUGCAAUACAUCGUCUUCAUGAGAACGGCCUGCUCACGCCGGAAGCCGUUGACAAAGCUGAUGAAUCAACCAUAAGAGAACUGAUCUAUCCGGUUGGAUUUUAUACAAGGAAGGCGACAUACAUGAAGAAAAUAGCUAAGAUCUGUCUAGUGAAAUAUAAAGGAGACAUUCCAAGCUCUUUGGAUGACCUACUUGCGCUUCCGGGGAUUGGUCCCAAGAUGGCUCAUCUGAUUCUGCAUAUAGCUUGGAAUGAUGUUCAAGGUAUAUGUGUAGAUACACAUGUCCACCGCAUUUGCAAUCGACUCGGUUGGGUGUCUCGACCAGGAACCAAACAGAAAACUUCGUCUCCGGAGGAAACAAGAGUAGCUUUGCAACAAUGGCUUCCAAAGGAAGAAUGGGUCGCCAUUAACCCGCUUUUGGUGGGUUUUGGACAGAUGAUUUGCACACCGCUGAGACCUCGUUGCGAAACCUGCAGUGUCAAUAAGCUUUGUCCAGCUGCAUUCAAAGAGACAUCAUCAAGUCCAUCAUCCAAGUUGAAGAAAUCUAACCAAAGCAAAGAACAAUGA